AUGUCAAUCGAAAAGAGCCCAAAUGACUCACGUGACUAUCACUAUUUCGAGCUCCCCAACAAGAUGAAAUGUCUCGUUAUCAGUGACCCUGACACUGACAUGGCAGCAGCCUCGGUUGAUGUGAAUGUAGGAAGUCAGUCAGACCCUAAAAGUACCCAAGGGCUGGCUCAUUUUUUGGAGCACAUGCUUUUUCUUGGCACUGAAAAAUACCCAGUGGAAAAUUAUUAUAUUUUUUAAUAUAAAAUAAAUAAAAAAUAAUUAUUUAUAUAAAAAUCGAUUGGUAAUGGAAAAAAGGAUACUCUUCUUUUCUAUCUGAAAAUGCUGGCUCUGAUAAUGCCUAUACAGGGACUGAAGAUACAAAUUUCCACUUUAAGGUUUCUGUUGAUAAAUUGGAGCAAGCUUUAGAGAUUUUUGCACAAUUUUUUAUUGGGCCUUUGUUCACAAAAGAUGCGGUGGAUAGAGAACUGAAAGCUGUUGACUCAGAACAUAGUAAAAACUUGAAAAAUGAUAUGUGGAGACUUUGGCAGUUGUCAAGAAAUUUCGCACUUGAGUGGCAUUCUUUUAAUCAUUUUGCGACUGGGAAUAUGGAAACUUUAAAUAAGCCAGACAUAUAUGAUCAAGUCAGAGAAUUUUACAACACAAAAUAUUCCAGCAACAUCAUGGGUAUCGUUUUAUAUGGCAAAGAAAACAUCCAAACACUCGAAAACUGGGUCAGACAAAGCUUUACAGCAGUAGUUGACAAAAAUUUAGUCCCAGAAGUCGACAUGAGAAUGCCAUAUGAUGAAACUGUCUCAGGGAUCCUUGUAAAAGUAGUCCCAGUCCAAGAUGUAAAACAUAUACGAUUUUUCUGGUCAUGGCCGCCGACCAUUAUCCAUUACAAAUCCAAGCCUGGAAACUAUAUUGCCCAUCUUAUAGGCCAUGAAGGGAAAAACAGCUUGCUAUCUUUUCUGAAAGCUGAAGGUCUAGCUCAAGAGUUAUCUGCUAGUGGAACAGGUCAACAGUACUCAAAUUUAAGCAUUUUGGUGGUCAAUGUAGAAUUGACUGAUAAAGGACUGGAAAACUAUGAGAGAGUUAUAGAAAUUACGCAUGCGUAUAUUGCUAUGCUGAAAGAAAAAGGGGUUCAAGAGUGGAUUUAUGAAGAAAUAAAAGCACUGGCACAGGCAGAUUUUAAUUUCAAAAGCAAAAGUGAUCCAUUGUCAUAUUGCGAAUAUCUGUCUUGGAGACUUCAUAGGUAUCCUCAUGAAAAAAUCAUUUCUGGAUCUGAUUUAAUUGAAGAAUUCAAUCCUGAUUUACUAUUCUCUGUUUAAUAAUUUAAUUAAAAAAUGCUUAAACAUACUUAUUUUCUAUAAAAAUCAGUCUUUAUAAAUAUUUUUACUAUACCUUUUGCUUUAUUUCAACAUAAGAUCUUUUAUUGACCUUUUAACACCCCAGAAUUUACAAGUUUACCUAAUCAGCAAAAAAUUCGAUGAAAGCCAAAUGCAGACCGAAAGAUGGUACGGCACAAAAUACUCUGUCGAAAAAUUUUCCAGUGACCUUCAAACCAAAAUGACCAACUUCCAAGUAUCCCACCCAAAAUUCGUCCUCGACCUCCCAGUAAGAAACGACUUUAUCCCUACCGUUUUCGACGUUCUCCCACUCUCAGACAAACCAUUACCUCUCCGAAUCCUCGAUAACGAAAAAAAUACAGUCUGGCACAAACAAGACGACACAUUUAAAGUCGAUAAAGUCUGUUCACAAUUAAUGAUAUAUUGUAACGACGCUGGCUUCCAAGACAGUCCUUAUUUUUAUUUAUUAGUUACCCCUUUUAAACUGUAUAAAUUUUAAUUUGUUACUUAUUAAAUUAAAUUGUUUUUUAAAAAUUUUAAAGAAUCUCUAUUUUAUUAGAUUAUUGAGUUUUUAAGCCCUGAUUGAUGACUAAAUCACUUCGAAUGGUUGAUUCCGAAGCUUUCUGUCGUCUCAAAGUCUCUGAAAACAACUUCAUUAUGCACAUCUUCCCAAACUUUUGAUAACUAAUAUAUUUUUAUAUAUAUAAAAUUUUGCAUGAUAUGAAAAAUCGUUCGAUCAAGGAUGGGGGUUAAUUUUCCCAAUUUUUAGGAAUUUUUUACAGUCAAUCGUUCGUUCAAGGAUCAAGGAUGGGGGGGGAGUUAGCAAAAAUCUGGAGAAAAAUAUUUUGGGAUAAAUUUAGGGAAGAAAAUUAUUUGGCUGAACAGGGCGGGCUGAAAUUAAGCUUGCAUUUGGAGCAUUAUGGACUGAAAUUAAGCUUGUCAGGGUAUAGUCAAAAAUAUGAUAAAUUCUUCGAGACUGUUUUGGAGAGACUGGCGACUGUGGUUAUUGAUAAUGAUGAUAAAGAACUGUUCCAAAGCCAUUGGACACAUAUAAAUGACUCGUUAAAUAACCAUUUCUUGUCAGCGCCGACCAAUCAAGCUAUGAAACUUUGCAUUGAUUUGAUGCUGCUGAAAGGACAUUUUUCUGAGCUUGACCAGUUAAAAGCUUUACAAAACGUCACUUUUGAAGAUUUAUUAUGGUUUCAUUCCAAGUGGCUCAAAACUGUCAGGUUUGAAUGGUUUGUCAUGGGAAAUUUUAGCCAAGAAAGGACAAUUUCUAUGGUGGAAUCUUGCACAAGGGUAUUUGAACAAGCUAAAAACUGCUGCUAUAUAAGAAAAGAUGAUUAUCCUAGGCUGCAAGUAAUAGAAAUCCCUAAAACCCCAUUUGAGACGUCAGUAUCAUCAUUGGUUUACCCUGUUUAUCUGCUUGAUCAAACCAAUAAUAACUCAAUUUCUGUCAGUUUGUGGCAGCUGGACGCUGAAACUUUGAAAUCCCAAGCUAUUUUGUCGGUUCUUGAUACUUUUAUUAAAGAACCUUGCUAUGACACUCUCCGCACCAAGGAGCAGCUUGGCUAUAUAGUUUCUUCCUUUAUAAGAAAAUUGAGAGGUGUUCUCCAUUUCAAUAUCAUAGUCCAAUCUUCUGUGGCCGCCCCAUUCUUUUUGACUAACAGAAUUUCUAAUUUUAUAAUCCAUUUUUCCAAACCAAAUUGUUUUUUUAAAAAAAAUAAAAAAAAUUUUAAUUUAUAAUAAAUAAAUAUAAACGAAAUUAGAAAAGAAUUAAAAGAAAUUUCUGACGAAAAAUUCAACACAAAUAGAGAAUCGACCAUUAAAUCAUUGACGAAAAAAGAUAUGUCAAUUUUUGAGCAGUAUAGGAGAUUCAUAUUAGAAGUGGAUUCUGGGGCUUAUUUAUUUGGCAGAAGAGAAGAUAUUGAGGCUGAGCUGAGAAAAGUGACGAAAGAAGAGUUCCAGAGGUGCUUUGAGGAGCUGUUUUUUGACGGCGCAAGAAGACUGGAUGUUGAAGUUAUAUGUGAAGGGAUGAGGGAAAGCCAAGAAAGCGUCACAAAAAAUAGAGAAGUUAUUAAGACACCAAGCCAGUUUAAGAGAAGGGUGAGAAGUUUGCCUCAGGUUUAUAUAAGAGAUUAG